UGGCGGCCCGGGACGCGUAGCAGUGGCGGCUCUGCGGCCCGGGGCCCCGGGCGGGCGGAGGUGGCGGCUCCCGGGACCGGCCGCGCGCAAUGAUGUUGUCCACUGGACAUGUUCUGACCAAGGAGGCAGGUCUGAGAACAUAGCUGAAGCUGAAAAUAGGAAAGCUGGGGGCAAGGAAGAGCCUUGAAUCUUGAGGUGGGACGUUGACUCUAAGAUGUCCUUGAGCAGUGGAGCCUCCGGAGGGAAAGGAGUGGAUGCAAACCCGGUUGAGACAUACGACAGUGGGGAUGAAUGGGACAUUGGAGUAGGGAAUCUCAUCAUUGACCUGGACGCCGAUCUGGAGAAAGACCAGCAGAAACUGGAAAUGUCAGGCUCGAAGGAGGUGGGGAUGCCAGCCCCCAAUGCUGUGGCCACGCUGCCAGACAACAUCAAGUUUGUGACCCCAGUGCCAGGUCCUCAAGGGAAGGAAGGCAAAGCAAAAUCCAAAAGGAGUAAGAGUGGCAAAGACACUAGCAAGCCCACUCCAGGGACUUCUUUGUUCUCUCCAAGUGAGGGAGCAGCAAACAAGAAAGAGGUACAGGGUCGCUCAGGAGAUGGUACCAAUGCAGGAGGCCUGGCUGCUGCUGUUGCCCCCAAGGGCUCAGAGAAGGCUGCUAAGGCGUCACGCACUGUAGCUGGCUCCAAAAAGGAAAAGGAGAACAGCUCCUCUAAGAGCAAGAAGGAGAGAGGUGAAGGAGUGGGGACUUGUUCGGAAAAGGAUUCUGGGGUCCUCCAGCCAGUUCCCUUGGGAGGACGGGGUGGUCAGUAUGAUGCAAGUGCAGGGAUGGAAUCAGGAACCGUGGAGCCGCUUGGGAGUAUAGCUAUUGAACCUGGGGCAGCGCUCAAUCCUUUGGGAACUAAGCCGGAGCCAGAGGAAGGGGAGAAUGAGUGUCGGCCGCUAAAGAAAGUCAAGUCUGAAAAGAUGGAGUCCCCCGUCUCUACCCCAGCGGUGCUGCCACUGCACCUUUUGGUGCCGGUGGUCAAUAAUGACAUCUCAUCUCCCUGUGAGCAGAUCAUGGUCCGUACCCGAUCAGUUGGAGUCAACACAUGUGAUGUGGCUCUUGCCACAGAGCCUGAGUGCUUAGGCCCCUGUGAACCUGGAACCAGUGUUAACCUUGAAGGCAUUGUGUGGCAGGAAACAGAAGACGGGAUGUUGGUGGUAAAUGUGACAUGGAGGAACAAGACAUACGUAGGUACACUUCUUGACUGCACAAGACAUGACUGGGCACCCCCAAGGUUCUGUGACUCCCCGACCAGUGACUUGGAAAUGCGUAACGGUCGAGGAAGAGGCAAACGCAUGCGUCCUAACAGUAACACACCUGUCAAUGAGACAGCCACAGCCUCUGACAGCAAAGGGACCAGCAGCAACAGCAAAACUCGAGCAGGAGCCAAUAGCAAAGGCCGUCGAGGGAGCCAGAACUCUUCAGAGCAUCGCCCCCCUGCCAGCAGCGCCUCUGAGGAUGUCAAGGCCAGUCCUUCCUCAGCUAAUAAACGCAAAAACAAACCGCUUUCAGACAUGGAACUGAAUUCUAGCUCAGAGGACUCCAAAGGGAGCAAACGUGUCCGCACAAAUUCCAUGGGCUCAGCCACCGGGCCCCUCCCUGGGACCAAGGUGGAACCCACUAUUGUAGACAGAAAUUGUCCCUCUCCAGUCCUGAUUGACUGUCCCCACCCAAACUGCAACAAAAAGUACAAGCACAUUAAUGGGCUUAAGUACCACCAGGCUCAUGCCCACACGGAUGAUGACAGCAAACCAGAAGCUGAUGGAGACAGUGAGUAUGGGGAGGAGCCCACCCUCCAUGCAGACCUCAGCAGCUGCAACGGUGCACCUGUCUCCCAGAAAGGAUCCUUGUCCCCUGCCCGCUCAGCUACCCCCAAAGUUCGGCUUGUUGAGCCUCACAGCCCUUCCCCUUCAAGCAAAUUCAGCACAAAAGGCCUCUGUAAGAAAAAACUGAGUGGGGAGGGAGACACGGACCCUGGGACCUUAUCCAAUGACGGCUCUGAUGAUGGACCCUCAGUAAUGGAUGACACAAGCAACGAUGCCUUCGACUCUUUGGAAAGGAAGUGUAUGGAAAAAGAAAAAUGUAAAAAGCCCUCUAGUUUGAAACCUGAAAAGAUUCCAUCCAAGAGCUUAAAAUCAGCCCGGCCCAUUGCCCCUGCCAUACCCCCACAGCAGAUCUACACUUUCCAGACAGCCACCUUCACAGCAGCAAGCCCAGGCUCCUCCUCAGGCUUGACCACCACAGUGGUCCAAGCAAUGCCCAACAGUCCUCAGCUCAAGCCCAUUCAGCCCAAGCCCACUGUUAUGGGAGAGCCUUUCACAGUCAACCCUGCCUUGACCCCUGCCAAGGACAAGAAAAAGAAAGACAAAAAAAAGAAGGAAUCAUCAAAGGAACUUGAAAGUCCCCUGACCCCUGGGAAGGUAUGCCGAGCAGAAGAAGGUAAAAGCCCAUUCAGAGAGUCAUCAGGAGAGGGAAUAAAAAUGGAGGGGCUUCUGAAUGGUUCCUCAGACUCCCACCAAAGCCGGUUAGCCAGUAUCAAGGCAGAAGCUGAUAAGAUUUACAGUUUUACGGACAAUGCCCCCAGCCCUUCGAUCGGAGGCGGCAGCCGCCUAGAUAGCACUACCCCAGCCCAGCCCCUAACUCCCCUACAUGUAGUGACCCAGAACGGAGCUGAGGCCAGCUCGGUCAAAACCAACAGCCCUGCCUACUCUGACAUCUCUGAUGCUGGGGAGGAUGGGGAGGGCAAGGUGGACAGUGUCAAGUCCAAGGACCCUGAACAGCUGGUUAAAGAAGGGGCUAAGAAAACACUUUUCCCCCCUCAGCCACAGAGCAAAGACUCCCCAUAUUAUCAAGGCUUUGAGAGUUACUACUCUCCGGGUUACGCACAGUCCAGCCCAGGGGCUCUCAACUCAAGUAGCCAGGCAGGGAUGGAGGGCCAGGCCCUAAAGUCAAAAAAGGAUGAGGAGCCGGAGAGCAUAGAAGGAAAAGUGAAGAAUGAUGUCUGUGAGGAAAAGAAACCUGAGCUGAACAGUUCCAGUCAGCAGCCCUCUGUCAUCCAGCAGCGGCCCAACAUGUACAUGCAGUCCCUGUACUACAACCAGUAUGCCUACGUGCCUCCAUACGGCUACAGUGACCAGAGUUACCACACCCACCUCCUGAGCACCAACACAGCUUAUCGGCAGCAAUAUGAAGAACAGCAGAAGCGGCAGAGCUUGGAGCAGCAGCAGCGGGGACUGGACAAGAAGACAGAGAUGGGCCUAAAGGAGCGGGAGGCAUCACUCAAGGAAGAGUGGAAGCAGAAGCCAUCAGUUCCUCCGACUCUCACCAAGGCCCCCAGCCUGACAGACCUGGUGAAGUCAGGGCCAGGCAAGGCCAAGGAACCAGGGUCUGAUCCCGCCAAGUCCGUCAUCAUUCCCAAAUUAGAUGACUCAUCUAAAAUCCCCAGCCAUGCCCCUGAAGGCCUCAAAGGGAAGCUGGGUGAGGCCAGCCACCUGGGCAAGGAGACCCCCGAGACUAAAGCAGGUCCUGACUGCGGCCGACAGGCAGAGGUGGAUCCAAUCCUCUGGUACCGACAGGAGACAGAGCCCCGCAUGUGGACAUAUGUUUAUCCUGCCAAAUACUCAGACAUCAAGUCAGAGGAUGAUCGGUGGAAAGAGGAACGGGACCGAAAAUUAAAGGAGGAAAGGAGUCGGAAUAAGGACUCUGUUCCCAAGGAAGAUGGGAAGGAAAGCACAAGUACUGACUGCAAGCUGCCUGCAUCUGAGGAAUCCCGCCUUGGAAGCAAGGAGCCCCGGCCGAGUGUCCAUGUGCCUGUGUCCUCCCCCCUCCCCCAGCACCAGUCCUACAUCCCCUACAUGCACGGCUACUCUUACAGCCAGUCCUAUGACCCCAACCACCCCAGCUACCGGGGCAUGCCUGCUGUAAUGAUGCAGAAUUACCCAGGUUCCUAUCUGCCUUCCAGCUAUUCUUUCUCCCCGUAUGGCAGCAAGGUCUCAGGUGGCGAGGAUGCUGACAAGGCCCGCGCUAGCCCCAGCGUGAGCUGUAAAGCCAGCUCUGAGUCCAAAGCCCUGGAUAUCUUGCAGCAACAUGCCAGCCACUACAAGAGCAAGUCUCCCACGAUAAGUGAUAAAAAUUCUCAGGAGAGAGAUCGGGGAGGCUGUGGGGUAGUUGGGGGUGGUGGCAGCUGUGGCAGUGUUGGGGGAGCAGGAGGUGGUGACAGGAGUGUCGACCGGCCCCGCACUUCCCCUUCCCAGCGCCUGAUGUCCACACACCACCACCACCAUCACUUGGGCUACUCCCUGCUCCCAGCACAGUACAACCUACCCUAUGCCGCAGGGCUUUCUUCUACAGCCAUUGUUGCCAGCCAGCAAGGCUCAACUCCCUCACUGUACCCACCCCCCAGGAGGUGAGAAUGAACACCAAGUGCCCAGAUGAAGUCAGCUACAUGGGCCAGAUUGGCUCGUUUGAGGUGGUGCUGGAGGUGCCAUUUUACCAUCAGUUACGGUGUUGACCGUCCUGUUUGCCAUUCCUACCGUGACUGAAGGCAGACCCUUGGCUGUCUCACCCCCACCAGACCCUCCCUCUUCCUCAGGAGCUGGAGAACUGGUACUUUGCAAAAAUAUUUAUUCUCUCAGUCACAGUUCUGACUGCUGUGGCAUCUGUGGAGAUAAAGGCAUAGGAGAAACUGAGGGAACACAGCCUCAGCACAGAGAAGUCACUACUCCGUUACUCUAGCCCCUGGUCUCUGCCAGAGCAGCACCCCACACACACCUGGGAGGGCCCCCAAGCACGGGGUGAGGUCUGAAGACAGCACAGCAGCCGUACCCCUCUCACCGUCAUUACCACCAACCAGAUUCCACAUCUCCUCAGUGGUUUGGGCCCUGGGAACUGGCAGCACGUGGAGAAAUUAGAAUCUCAGGAAAGAAGUGGGGGCUGUUUUCUCUGUAAUUGUGAAGACAAGGUCUUCAAGUGUGGAGACAUCCCCCACUAACGUGAGCACAGAUAAACACUCAGAGCCUUGUGCUCCUGUUAGGCAGAAGGCAGGAGUUCUAGCACCAGCACAGGGCUCCCUGAGGUGCUGGGAGGAGCUGGAGCAUAAAUGGAGUCUGUGGAAAUGAACCUGCUUCCUCACCAAAUUCCUGCUGCUUUUCAUCUCUCAACUUCUUGCCCUUGUCUUUCUUUUUAACCCCUUGGUGCCUUUCCCAGGGGGGAUUCCCCAUACUGACCUCACCUCCUCUACUGCUUGGCUCUUAAAACUCAGGCAGAAUAGACUUCCUCCCAGCAUGGGUAACCUUGGAGUCUGCCACGUCACUGUAGGGCAGGAACUGGAAGGCAGGCCGUAGGAACACCUAGCAGUUCUUGGAGACAUUCAGUUAUUUGAGUACCUUUCUCAUUUAGGGUCACAAAUGUAUACAUCCAGUUCCUUUGUCUGGUACAUGAUUUUACACAGUUCACUCUGUAACUCCAUGUGUGCCAAUAUGAGGCGUGUCUUUGUAACGCAUGUUUUGUUUUAGGGGCUACUGGCCAAUGGAAGUGAUUUGCUCCUUAGGCUCUGAAACAGCAUAUCCAAGCAUCACAUGCCCGAGCCAGAGUGGAGUCAGUGGAUGAGGCUUUGAGGUGGCAGACAUUUCUCUGUUCCCCUGAGCCGUAAAGCCGGGGCUGGGAAUGUGAUGACCUAACUUCUUCCCAGGAUCUGCUUUUUAGCUCUGCUGUUGCGGGCUGUCAUCCUUUGUUACCUGUCCCUCCCUUGACUGCAAGAGAGAGAGAGAAAGAUGCACAGACAGCAGUUUAGGCUAACAGGACGCUUGCGGCAAGAGUGUCAAACAUGGCCGUGUGAGAGCAGGAAGGUACAUGGCUCUGACUUCUUUGGGAGAGUGAGGGUGGUGGGGAGACAGUGAGCACAAAGCCCAGGAGAAGGUGCUUCCCAAGAAUCCGUGAGCCUCCCUGUGCGUAGACAGGCUGGCUCAUCGGCGCCUCUGACCUACAAACCUCUGUUUCCAAGUCCCUAUCUUUGUUCAAGUUGGGUUCCAGGCAUUUGCAAAAAUCCUUCUGUUUUAGACCUGUUGGCAGGACCCCAAGCAGCCUCCUCGCCAACAUCGUUCCCUCUGCCACAUGCUUUCCCAAGUAAGCAGUACUUUAGGCAGUGACCCCCCUUCAUUCAUGGAAGUAGGUGUUGGGGACACCAUCAUACCUAACCCAUUACUACCCUACUAAGAGUGACUUUUUUCCUGAUUAUGCCUCCUCCCAAAAACUCCAGUGAAUAGAGCCAUGUGCCCAUCUGUUCCUGUUUGUUUUUGAAGUAUUGUUGUGUGUUUCGUAUGGUUCUGUGGCACUGGCUUGCAAUGUGCUUUGUACAUAUUAUAAAGAAACCAUUGGAGCAGUUUUGUUUUUCAUUGGAUAGGUAUGGCCCACAUUCCUGCCCUUUCCACUUCAUUUUAUAACAGCAGGUGUGUCUAUUUGCAAGACAAUAGAAUCUACAGAAGAGAACAGCUUUCUCUCUCUCCUGCUCCCCCCUUUUGGCGCUCAUGCUCUCUCCUGUCCUUUCCCCCUUCUCUCUUCCCUCCCCGACUUAAAGACAGUCAGCUCUUUGAUCCCUCUACCCAAAUGCCCCUUGAAGAACAGGUGCUGCCCUGAAAUGAGAUUAGCAGUAGAAAAAUGACACUAUGGUCUCAGCCUGCUCAUCCUGGUUCCUAGUCUGAGUCCAGUCUUCCCUCCCUGAAAUAGAAGCACACAGCUGACGCUGUGGAGAUCCCUGACUAGUGCUGAGAGAUUGGCUGUCCACUCCACAGUGGGGAGCUUCCUGUGGACCUAGUUAGAAAGACCACCAAACCAAGCCUCACUGAGCCACCUCUGCCCAUGCUCUUGGUGUUCAUGAGCUCUGAGACCCCUGUGAAGGAGAAGCUACAGGUGGCUUCCCCCCAAGGUAGGGCAGUCACAGCUGCUGCUGAGGAUCCCCGUCCACUUCCUCACUUAUGGUGUGCCAGUUCCCAUCAGCUCUUCCUGUGAUCCACAAGACAUGUAGCCUCUGCUUAGCCUACAUGCCCCACACAUCCCCAGGGCAAAGAAACACAGACACAAGGUUAAGAGGGUACCCUCUGAAAUAAUCAUUUCAUGCACCUCCUCUCCAAGCUCCAGGGUGGGGUAGGGGCACUUAGUUUAAGGGAGUUGGGAGUUAAGGCUGCAGAAGGGCUAGAAAAUUGGAUAUAGCUUUGAGGCCUUCUCUUCACUACCCCAUACACCCUAUCUGUGUGCUCAGAUGCCCCCCAAGAUUCAGCUGGGCAGCUAGCUGGCCCAUACUUCUGGGCCUUUUGUCACUUAUUACUAGGGCAUCCCAGGAAACUUUGCAGUGAUUCGCUCCACAGGCCCCUCCCAGGCCUUGUCCCCAGCCCCUCCUGCCCCAGCCCACCAGCUUGCCUUGGUGCUCAGCCCUCCCGAUGGGAGCAGGUUGGGGCAAGCUGGAGGCCCGGGCUGGAGGGACAGUGUUGCUGUUCAUAGCUUUUGUUCCAUUGGCGUUGUUCUGUUGGAUUUAAUUUCAGUCUUCCUGAUUCUUCCCUUCUGUAAAGUGUACAUUACCAAGUUCCUUGUUUUUUUAUAUAUAUAUAUAAAUAUAUAUAUAUACAAACUGUACUCUUUUUGCCUUUGUACAUUCAGGCAAGAAGAGAAAAUAAAUCUUUUUAAGAGACAAUCACAAA